AUGAAAAGCGAGUUAAAGUUUAUGACAGCAAAUAAUAAUGAUUUUCAUAAUACACUUUACGUAUUCAACCCAGGAAACAUUCAAAGAGUGGCAGACAAUCAGAGUCGUAAAAAGAAAGCUUUUGACUCCCGAAAGAGCCUUCAACAAAGCGCAGCAUUUAAUUACAUUCAAAGCUCACGGGGAGGAGACGAACAAAACGAGAAAAAGUAA